UUAAACAUAUUCUUUGUAUGUACGAGAAAGAGAAUAAACGCCUGUAUCAUCUUACCCUACCUUACUAAAAUUAAACGUUUAAAUUAAACGCAACUUUUUAAUUACUGUAAGUAAAGCAGCAUGCAAGGCUCGAUGGCGCCUGUGAUUUGGAUAUGAGUUGGCCCAUUAAACCAGGCUUUGUUUCGGUCUUUAUACACAAGAGUUGGUGCUCACCCACACUCAUAUCAUUACACCAUGUACCCGAACAAAGUGUUGAAUGCGUGCAUGGAAAAUAUGACGAACUUGAACGAUGUGUUUGUAACUCUGAAUGGACAGGAGAAAACUGUGACGUCGAACUUACAUCCUUUGACAACUUUGUGUUUGCUGAUGUGAGAAAGCCUACGACAACGACAGAUGGCUACAACUUAUUUGAUGUUGCCGAUAUCAAUGAUCUAAACGCAGAGAUUGUAAACUUGGUUGUAAAUUUUGACAGCUGGAAUAGUUUUAACGACCAAAGAAAAAUGUCAAAAGAUGUUUUAGACGAAAAUCAGAAUGAUUUUGAUGUGCAGCCUUCGGUCAACGAGGGAUCAAGUUCGGGGUUUGGCAACUCUGGCAGUGGUUUUGGUAACGAGGAUGUUAGAAAGAACAAGGACACGUUAAUAACAUCAAUAAAUAAUAAAGGAAGGACGAGUUUUGUUCGAUCUGAAACAAAUAAAUCUUUAGUCGAGCAACCUGUUCAACAAACCAGCAGUCAAUGGAUCAAUUACGAAUCUUCUUCUUCUGGAUCUGGAAGCGAAACUUUGGAACCAGAAAUAUACGACGAAGGUGGCUUGAUGGAUUGUGGAAAUGGAACUGUGAAGAAAAUAUUUCAGCACUGUGCAUGUGAACCAAACUUCACAGGACAAUUUUGUGAAAUCGAUUUGCUUGAGAGCUCUGGAGAGUCUUCAACAUUCAACUUGGAUUAUUCAGGCUCUGGUGUGAGUGAGAAAAUAUGUUAUCAUGGUGUUCCCGUGUUCAUAAAACACUGUGAGUGUCAUUUUGGGUUCGAAGGAGUCAGUUGUCAACUCAGAAAAUACUUAGGUUCAGGAGAUUGGAAUAUUUUAUUUAAUACUCAACAAGAGAUACCAGAUGCUAAUACCACAAGUAAUCCAAGUGAAGACAUUUUAUGGAAUGCGAGUAAUUUCGACAAUCUUACUUGGACCCGUGUCACAAAUUAUCUUAAUCCAAACAACAAACUUGCUAAAUCAAAGCAUAUUUUUGGGCGGAAAUUUGUUGUGAUUUCCACUGGAAUUAAGAAAACAAAGACAGUUUUAGAUUAUUCUCCUUCUCCAAGUGAAGAUGAACCAAAUAUUUAUAGAUUCUCUUUUGUGCCAAAAAAGAGUGGUGGAAAAUCUCGGUUAGAACUUAACACAUGCUUUGUAAAGAAGAGAGAUGCUUCUCGAUUAUUUGGAACUGAUGAUAUUGAUGAUAAUAUUAGUCGGCACCGAACCCUGGGGGCAUUUGCAACCAUGAAGGGGACGCUGAGAGUAAAUCAAGUGUCACAACUAAUCACACACUGCCCAAUCACCAAGAGACCAACCACUGCCCUGCAUACUUAUGCUUAUGAUCUGUAUCUGCCACGUGAAGAUUUUCCUGAACAAGGACAGUAUAUAUUAACACAAUGGCAUGGCUCUCCAAAUCCUAAUAUACUUAAGGAUGAAUAUGGUUGUGUGGCGCAAAUCAGCUCAUUUGACAAAGCGAGAUUGUGCAGAGCUGGGUCAUGCUCACAAGGCGAGAUAUUUGACAAGGAUGGCUUACAUAUAGGACUGUUGUAUCAACAAGGGGGUUACCCACCAUUAGCACUCGAAUAUCAAAAUGGUUGGUUUAUUGUAAGUGCUCGCUCGGACGAACACAGCAUGGCCGGGAAAGUUGGAUGUUCUGUUGGCCAGAAAGUACCUCCACACUUCCACUGUCCUAAACAUGACCGUCAACAGUUUAGUGAAAUUCUAAGGAUGCCAGCUCAAGAAUUUCCAUUCAAUACUUGGGCAAGGUUUGAGUGGAAAAUAAAGUGGAGUGAAUAUGAUGUGGUGUAUGAACGUAACAGAACAACUGUAGAUGGAGAUCCAGGUCAUAUGACAUCACAAGCAUGGAUACGACUGUGGAUCAAUGGACGUAAGGUUAUUGACUGGAUUGGUGCUUGUGGUAGAAAUGAUGAAGGAAGGCUUCCAUAUUUUAAAAUUGGUAUAUACAAUCCAACUGGUAGCAGCUUUCCACUUCGUAUGUAUGUCCGUGGUUAUGAACACACUUACACACAACCUGAUGCUAAAGUAGAUGAUAAUGAAAAAGAUAUUUUAAGCAAAUUAAAACUUGUUGAUCAUAAAUUAAAAAAGGAAAUAAGCAGAAACAGUUUCAUCAAUGGAAUGAGAUUUAUACAUGUGGGUGGAGAUGGCAGGUGCGUUCUGCGGGCAAAACUAAACCACGUCUCGCAUAUCACAAGGACAAAGUUUCGACAGUUAAAAGUUGACAAAAAAACUCAAAAUCUGAUCAAGAGUAUGGUAUAUGCUAUAGAACAACAGGAAUUCAGGAUUAAGCAGUUGGAACGUUUGGUGCAAGAAAGAUGCUUGACGCCAUUGCCUCGUAACGUAGAUGAAGCUAUGAAUAACGCUGGUGAUAUUGAUGAAGACUAAGCAAUGACGAAUAACUACAACUAGUUAACAAAAAUGCCAUUACCUAUAAAGCUAUACCAAACAUUUGUAUUGUUAUAGUUCACACGUUUAUUGAAACGAUAUUUAUACUUUGUUUGACACGACUUUUAUACUGUAUGCCUUCUAGCUUAUAAAUCGAAUAGAGCGAAUAUUGCUCAUUUAUUUUUUGGACCGACUUUGCGACCUAUUUAGAUCACUUCACUCACAAAGUAGCAUACACGGUAACUUGUAAGCUGGCACGAGGUAUGAAACAGUACACCCGUGUUAUAACGACUGUCGUUUAUCGGCCACGUGAAGAUAGAAUAAGUUACAUUCAUUUAUUCAUAUUCACUUUCAUCAGGGUUACCUGUCGGCAGCAGAAACAAAUUUGCUAGAUAAAGUUUUAUAUUUCAAACUGUCCUAUUUUGUUUUCCUAUAAACCUAUUUCCGCAUUUUGUGCUUUUUGGGCCACACGUCAAAUGUUUAGUCACCAUUUGUCGUCCUACCAGAUUUGCACGCAGAACGUAAAACGUAUUUCGCUGGUGCUGAUUUUUAUGUAUUGUGAUAUAUUUAUACGUUUUUUUACUGGGAUUUUUUUCAUUUUGGUUUUUAACCAUUGGCUAGUUUGAAUGUGUAAUGCGUUUGCGUUUUAAAUAAUAGUUUAUGAAAAUGUUCCAUACCAGAGGUUAAAUGAAUUGAGGCGUGUUUCUUCUAAGUUUUUAUGGACAUUUUAAUAAACCGAUAUAAACUCCAAAA